UAGAUACAUGCGCACUGAUUUCGCAGGGGAAAUGGGUGGCUACCGGGUGUUGGGCCACGUCUGGGGUGGCUGGUGGCGGGGGCCUGGGGUCAGCUCAGCUCGCAAGGUCGCAGGCUUUGGCACCGAGGCCCGGCGUCAGCUGCAACCUCGAGGCUCCAGCAAGCGAUCAGGGUCCCUGGGAAACCAGUCCUUCCCAGGGCUGCUGCAGCCAGAGAACCUCAGUCGGGAGGAGCUGGUCGAUGUGCUGAAGGCAUCUGUGGUGGACCAGAAAGGAAAACCAGGAGAGCUGACAUUGUUCUCAGUGCUGCCAGAGCUGAGCCAGUCCCUGGGGCUUGGGGAGCAGGAGCUCCAGGUUGUCCGAGCAUCUGGGAAGGAGGCCUCUGGGCUUGUGCUCCUCUCCAGUUGUCCGCAGACAGCAAGCCGCCUCCAGAAGUUCUUCGCCUGCUCACGAAGAGCCCAGAGACCCACGGCGACGUACUGGGCUGUCACUGAUGGGAUCCCCGCUACUUCUGAGGGGAAGAUCCAAGCGGCUCUGAAACUGGAAUACGUUGAUGGCCUUGGUUCAGUAGUUCCAGUGAAGUCCCCGUCCCGAAAGGACAUCCUGGAAGGUGUCAAGAGGACCCUAAGCCACUUCCGUGUGGUGGCCACAGGCCCUGGCUGUGCUCUGGUCCAGCUGCAACCAGUAACAGUGUUCCCCAGUCAGCUACAGGUACACAUGGUACUACAGCUCUGCCCUGUGCUCGGGGACCACAGGUAUUCAGCCCGCGUGGGCACUGUCCUGGGCCAACGCUUUCUACUGCCAGCGGAGAGCACCAAGCCCCAAAAACAGGUCCUGGAUGAAGCCCUCCUCAGACGCCUCCACCUGACGCCGGCCCAGGCGGCCCAGAUGCCCUUGCACCUCCACCUGCACUGUCUCCACCUCCCAGGCACCAGGCCCAGGGAUGCCCCCAUAGAGCUUUUGGCACCUUUGCCCUCUUAUUUCUCCAGGACCCUACAGUGCCUAGGGCUCUGCCAACAAUAGUUCUCUUUCUGUUCCUACUGGAAAGUGGUGGGUGUCAGGGGACUGCAGGCUGGAGGAGAAUGAGCUCAGUGCGCAACAUGCGGUAAGGUCAUGGUUUAGGGCUCUGUGGUUGGACUGACCUAAGAUCACACCCUGGCCAGGCACUUGCUGUGUGAUGUUGGACAAAUAACUUCACCUCUCUGGAUUUGAGAUAAUAAAUGUACCUAACUCAUAGUAUGGUUUUGAGGAUUUGCUGAAAAAGUAAAUGUUUACAAUCGACCAUGCUUUCUGUGGAGUUCAGAGUGUGGCCUUCUAUUUAGCUGUUUCUGCCCCAAUUCUAGUUGGGAAGAAAUGUUAGAUUUUUAAAAAAAUUGUGGUAAAACACUUACCAAGAUUUACCCUCUUACCAUUGUUAGUGUACAGUUCAGUGGGCAUUAAGCACAUUCACAAUGUUUUGCAACCAUCGCCAUUAUAUGUCUCCAGAACUCUUCAUUUUGCAGAACUGAAACUGUACCCAUUAAACACUAAGUCCCCAUUCCCCUCCCUGCCCCUAAUAGCCACAAUUCUCCUUCGUCUCUAUGAAUUUGACUACUCUAGAGAACCUCAUGUAAGAAAGAUGUUUUUUACUUUAAAAAUUUGUGAAAUAGAUUAAACAUACAGAGUGCAUAAAACA